AGGCGAUUUCAACAUGAUGCGUUCAAAAUCCAGAUUCGGUUCUGGAAGGAGCCAUCAAUCUGUAUUUUCCAGGACUUUUUCUGCAUCCAAGAUUUGUAGAAGAGAUACAUUAUUAACGCAGAUUGACUCAAACGCACUUAAACCUGUUGACCGAGACGAUCCUUCUAAGAUCCAUCGUUCUUCGUCUCUUAGAGGACAUUCUGCAAGGAUGCAGCAGUUACCGGAGGAAGAGGAUGAUGAUGAAGAGCGGAAGGAGGAAAGACAAUUGUCUCCUAAGAAAAUUGGAGAGAUGAGAGCGGAGAUGAAUGCGAUGAAACAAUCGAUUGAGGUUUCCGAAAGAGAAAUGAGAAUGAAAGAGGAUGAUAUAAAGUCAAUGAAAAACGAUCUUCAGAAGGCGAAAGCAGAAUUUGAGAUGAUCUUAGCGGAGAGGAAUAAUGAACUGAACAGAUUCAAGGAAUCCGAGGCUCGUGCUAUGAACUUGAUAUCGGAAAAAGAGAUCGCAGCUAAGAACCUCACCGAUGAACUGGAGAGAGUGAAGCAAUCAGAGGCGAAAACGAUGGAAACAAUUGUUUUUCAAAUGAAACUGUUAGAGGAAACGAAGACGGAGCUAGAAGAAUCCAGGUACGAAAUCGCUUCUCUUACGGACAAAUUAGAAAGAAACUUACCAGUCCGAUCCAUUAUCAACGAUGAAGAUAACCGCACAAACUACGACGAUAUCGUUUCAAUGAAACAAUCAAUCGAGAGUUUACAGGCCGAGCUUCAACAAGCAAGAGAUGAAGAAAUGGCUGCAUUAGAAAAAGCAAAACAAAUCCAUUCACUGAGAAACGAGCUGAAAUCUGCAAUAGAAGCAGAAGAAAGGAGUAAGAAAGCAAUGGAUGAUUUAGCCAUGGCGUUAAAAGAAGUCGCUACGGAAUCAAAUCAAACCAAGGAGAAACUUUCAUUGACAGGAUUACAGCUUGAACAAGUGAAAGCCGAAGCAGAACAAUUCAAGAAAUUGUUAAGAAACAACGAUGAUAAAUACAAGAAGCAAUUAGACGAUUCGAAGAAAGAAAUCGAUUUCCAGAAAAACGUAAUCAGAAGAUUGAGAUUAGAAGCUGAAGAAUCCCAUCUAGCAUGGAACGAUAAAGAAAUGGGGUUCGUCAUCUGUAUCAAGAACGUAGAAGAUGAAAAGAGUCUACUUCAAGAAGAAACAUCCAGAGUUGCAGAAUCUCUCAAAGCAAAUGAAACCACCAUUAAAACCCUACGAGAAGAGAAUCAUAAACUGAGAGAUAUCCUGAAACAGGGUCUGAAAGAAGCUAAUGUAGCUAAAGAAGAAGCCGCCAUUGCUAAAGAAGAAUGCUCAACGCUGAAGGAAUGUUUAGCCGAGAAAGACGAAUCAUUAGACAUAAUCACUCUUGAAAACGAACGGCUUAGAAUCAACGAAGCGGCAGGUAAGGAAACGAUAAAGGAAUUAAAGCAAUUGCUUUCUUCCGCCACCGCCGCGGUUCUUCCUAAGAAGCCGCCGGAGGAUGAGAAAUGUGCGGCGGCGGCGGAGGAGGAUAACGUGAAGAAGAGAUUCAAAACGUUUAGUUUCGACGUGAGUGAGUUGAAAAGAGGGACGAGUGAAUUCGAUGAAGAUGAUUUUAUGGAAUGUGAUAAAGUAUUUGGUGUGGCUGAGGAAGAUGAUCCAGCGAGAGCAGAGGCGUUGAAAGGUUCGAUAUUUGAUACGGAAUUGGAUUCUCCGAAUUCGCCACAUACGCCGGUUCAUAGAAGGAUGUCGUCGCAGUUUAUGGAUACGGCGGAGGGAGAUUUGCAUUCUGAUCAAGAUACUGCUGAACAGUUGGAGUCUGAUCAUGAUACGGAUAACAGUGAAGGACGGCAUUCGCCGAGGAAGAGGAGAGCUUUGUUGCAGAGGUUUACUGAUCUUAUAAGGAUGAGAAAAGGUGGCGGCGGCGGCGGCGGUGGUGGUGGUGGUGGUGCUGGAAUUAGUGGUGGCUCAUCCCAUUCUCAUUCACAUAAAAAGGAAGUAUUUGUUGAAUAGGUUUCGCCGGCGGCCGGUUGGUUCUGUUUUUUCACAAGGUAAUGACAUUAUUUUGUUUUACUCAUCAGAAAUGUUGUAUAUAUAGACUUGUUUACUACAAAACACAUCAACAUUAUUGUUUAGAAAUCAAGUUUAUUAUUAUUGUUAU